UAAAUAAAUAAAUAAAUUUUUUGAAGACUCAUGAAUAAUUAUACUAUCUUAUUAUUAAUAAAAGAAUGAUCUUUGGAGUAUUAAGUUCCUUCUUCUCAUUUUUAAUUAUAUAAUUAUAUGCAUGCAAAUGCAAUAGAAAGAAGAGAGCUCUUUUUUUCGAAUAUUGCACUAGUGAAUCUUGAUUUGCCAUUACUUUAGGGAAAAUCACCCCUUAAUCUAUAUAUUGAUAAAAAUGGUAUGACCAUCAGCCACCACCUCUAGCAUGGCCAACAAUUCUAAAGCCGUCACCACCGUACCACCUCAAAAUACAAAUCCUUCACUUAAGAAAAGCUCGAAAGGAUCUGUCGAAAGAGAUACUGUUCUCUCUCAGCUUAAUAACGACAAGAAGUCUGCGUAUGUCAAGGCAUGGGAAGAGAAUGAGAAAAGCAGAGUGGAUAACAAGGCCCAAAAGAAGCUCUCUAAAGUUGCAGCAUGGGAGAACAGAAAGAAAGCACAUCUUGAUGCUAAACUGAAGAAACUUGAGGUAAACAUGCACAAUCUUUACAAAAAAAAAGCAGAAUAUGCGGAAAAGAUGAAAAAUAAAGCAGCUUUGAUUCAUAAGGAGGCAGAAGAGAGGAAAGCCGUGGUUGAAGCUAAACGAGGGGAACAACUUCUUAAAGCAGAGGAGAUGGCUGCCAAAUAUAGCGCCACAGGACAAAAUCCUAAGAAGUUACUUGGGUGUGUUAGAUGAUAAGAACUUUUUUCAUUGUAUAUUUUCUUACCUGCUGCUGUAUAGUGCAUGCUAUUUUACAUGUCCAGUUUUUUUGUAGUGCUUCCUAAUCUAUAUAGGAACUUACUAGUCUGCUUAGGAAAAGCAUUCCUGUGUUCUGGAGAAUUCCAUGUCAAUGCUAACGAUUCCAUUUCAGAAGUGAUACCAUGAUAACUCUAUGAAUUAAGCUUAGAUUGAAGCUUUGCAAUCUCCAUUAAUGGAGAAACCAAUAGUGAACUGAACAAGAGAGGGAAGAUGAAUCUUCAUAUAUGCAAGACCUUAAAUGUAAGGCUGAACAGUGUAUGUAUUUAUAGAAGAGAAAAAAAAGGAAAAAGGGGAGUCUAACUAACUUCUAGU